GGGAGGCCGAGACUGCCGGAGGUUCUAGUAGAUGAGGCGGCGGCGGCGGCACGGGCUCUCCAUGAGCAAGCGGCGGCGGCGACGGGUGCGGGAGCACCGGCGGUUUUCGGUCCCCGGGGAGGAUGAAGACACUGUUUGAAGAGAUCAAAGCAUCAAUUAAAAAUAACUAUAACCAAGAUCGCUCAUUUUGGAGGCCUGUUCUUCCUUGGGGAGGUGUUUUUACUAUCAAAGCUGGCCGCAAAGCAGUAUCCUGUACACCACUCUAUGUUGAAAUAAGACUGAAAAAUACCUGCACCAUAGAUGGAUUCUUGAUGUUAUUGUAUGUUAUUCUCAAUGAAAAUGAAAAUUUCCCCAGGGAACUCUCUCUUCAUUUAGGUAGAGAGUUUAUAGACUGUUUUCUUUAUUUAAUGGACACCUACAGUUUUACAACUGUGAAGCUACUUUGGAUUUGGGACAAAAUGGAAAAACAACAAUACAAAUCUGAAGUUCAUAAAGCUUCAUUAAUAAUUGAUUUGUUUGGGAAUGAGCAUGAUAAUUUUACAAAAAAUCUUGAAAAUCUCAUGUCGACCAUACAAGAGAGUUACUGUUCCAACUGGCGAUGCCCAACUCGAGUGCAGGAAGAUCAGCAGCGCACAAUUAAUAUAAAUCCUCCCCAAGAAAUUCCACAUGGAAACUUGAUACGACUGGCUGUGGAUGAGUUAUUCUGUUCCAGGAUUGAACUGUGUGAAGAGUGUGGGUGUGGUGGCUUAAGGGAAUUUUCCCAACGAGUGUUCUGCCACGGGGCACCCCCUUUUGUUGUCUUAAAUAUGCAGCAUUGGAAAUCUGAAGAUCUGGCAUAUGUACCCUAUUACUUGGAUUUAUCUGAUCACAAGUAUUUGUUGGAAGGUGCCACAUUGUUUAACAAAGAGGAACAUCAUUAUUCUGCAGCUUUUCAAAUUGAUGGACAUUGGAUGCACUAUGAUGGCCUCAGAAAUGUGAAUUUAAUUUUGUUAAAUAAACCCCCAGAGUUUCUCCUCUUGUCAUCAUUAGUUUAUAUUCGAGCAACAGAGAAAUAA